GUUAAGUUAAUCUUCAUUUCCGUUUCCGAGAGAGAAAUUUCUAGAGGGUUUGUUAUUGUUUACGUUAAAGUGUCAUGUACCGUGAGAGAUUUUGAUUUAAUGAUCUUUAGCUUAUAUUUCUUAUUAGUAUUAAUAAAUUCUUGUUAAGCAAAAUAAAAUUGCGGAACAAAAUUUCUUACGAAAUGAAUCCGGUACUCGAAGAAUUUUCCCAGUUGAAAGGUCUUACGAGUUCUACAGUAUUUAAUAGUUUUGCUUUGAAAAACACUAUUCAAAAACUUUCAAAUUUAAUGCAAUCAUCUCAAAAUAGAAAUGCUGUCGAACCCCAUCAUUGGCAAGACAUAGUUCACGUUUGUUCAAUUGGUGUGCAAGUUAUUAAUCAAAAAGAAUUUAAGGAGAACGAUUUAGAAUUUCUUGCUAUAAUCUUCAGGUUUUUGCGAAACGCUUGUGGUGGUUCAGGAAGAAGUCAUAUAUAUUUAUUAAACUCUCCAGAAUGUGUAGAAUUUAUACAUUUACCUUUACGUAUAUUACUACAUAAAAAAGAACCCAAAGAAAUAACAGUACUGAAAAUUUGUAUUCAACUAUUUGGAAAUCUUCUUGUUUUGAAUGAGAGAGCAAAGCCUUUAGUAUGGAAAUAUUUUUUCAAGGAAUCUGCAUUUAAAUCUCUGCUGUGUUCUCCUGAUCCAACUGUACAAGAAUAUACAAUGAUGGUUUUGUAUAAUUCCAUGUCAGAUAAUCACUGUAAUGAAAUUUUAACCACAAAUGACGGACAUGAUAUUGUCAAGGCAGUAACAGACUCUCUGUUGAAAAAUUUUGUUGACUGGGGUAUGCUUUUUAUUGAAUGCCUAUUAAAAAGAGAAGAGUUUCAAUACUGCUACACACCUAUGCCUUUAGAAAAUAGAUUGUUGAUAUUAGAUAUUAUAACUGAGCACCUAAAGAGUAUAGAGAAUGAGGAGACUCUUAUAAUUCCAUUUGCUAAUAUAGAAUACUUUAAACGCAGUUUUAUAACACUUGUGGAAAAAAUUGCAGUGUUAUAUAGUGUUAAUGAAAACAUGGAACCAUCUGAAUUUGUGAAAAUUUUAUCACUGUUAUGUACAGCAUCUGUAUGUAAUGCUUACAUACUCUACAUGCAUUCAUGUAAGGAUUUGCUGGAGAAGUGCAUAGAAACUUUAAAAUGUGUGCAUUUGUUGGGAAAGGAUGGUUCUAAUGUGUUUUCCAGCAUUAGCAGCUCAAAAAUAUUAAGUGCUCAAUGUGAUGAACAAAUUGCAAGUCAUCCAUUAUUUGGUUUCAAAAAGGAUCUGGUUAAGUUAAUUGGAAAUUUGUGUUAUGGUUGCAAAGAAAACCAGGAUUUGGUUCGAAAACUAGAUGGAAUUCCUUUAGUCCUUGAUUGCUGUAAACUGGAUGCUAAAAAUCCAUAUAUCAUGCAGUGGUGCAUUUUGGCAAUCAGGAAUAUUGUUCAUCAAAAUGAAGAAAAUCAAGCAAUUUUAGCUGGAAUAACUACGACUGGUGAAAUUGAAGAUUCUUCUUUCCUGAAAGAAAUUGGUAUAAAUGUGCGUUACAAAGAUGGAAAAUUGUCUCUAAGCUGAAUUUCCAAAUUUUCUCUGACUAUUCCAACUCAAAUACACACUUGUUAAGUCCAAAUUGUUUAGAUGCCUAUUUUUUCAAGCAUCUGGUUCUUAUGCAUUUUUAUGUAAAUAAUAUGUAACGUACAAAUUUUCAUAUCACUGUGUUACAGAUCUAUGAUGGUUAUUUAUUGUUAAUAUAUUUUAAGACUGAUUAGAAAACAAGGUUUUCCAUUUUAAACUUUGUCUCUCGAGCUUAGAUUUUAUACAGUUAUGAUGGCAUUCAUUGAAUUCCUGUAGCAUUUUUCAGUGCUAAUGCAAAAAUUACUGAGUUAUUCUGCAAACAAUAUUUAUUAUUUAUUUGUUAUUUUUGCGUUUUUUAAUCUAUUUUUAACCAUUUAAAGAGAUUAGGAAUAUUAUUCUUAUUAUUUUAAUAAAAUUGUAAAAUUAUGUUCAUUAUACUUUAUUUUAAACAGCAUUCAUUUUGCUGAUUCACUGUUUUAAUAGGAAGACACUAACAAUUAGCAAUCCACUAACAUUAUUAGCAAUCCAUAGCACAAAGUGAUACUUUCCAAAUACCAGUGAAAUGAUACACCAUUUUUUUACUCUUUUUGGAAUAUAAAUUCAGCAACCAUCGUAUAUUCUAUCACACGAAACACAUGUGCAGUCCCUCUACCAACAGCAGAACUACCAAACAAAACUUGGUAAACUUCCAAUCACAGCAAAUGUUAUUUCUUUUUGCUUCCGGUUGAGUAAAUCGUGAUAAAACAAAACAAACAAACAAACGUAGUUCUUUGAAUGACGAUUUUCCAGGAAGAUGGAUUGGGCGAGGAGGUUCAAUUUCUUGGCCACCUAGAUCACCUGAUAUAACGCCGCUGGACUUUUUUCCUUGGGGAUUUAUAAAGGACAAUGUUUACAGGAGGAUCGUAUCGAACCCGUAUUACCUAAAAGUCAGAACUACAACUGCAAUAGCCUCUGUGAAUGCUGACAUGCUUGCCGCUACCUUGCGUGAAAUUGACUAUCAACUUGAUAUUCUCCGUGCGACGAAGGGGGCACACGUGGAAGUUCAUUGACAAGGGUCAUGAAACUUUUUGAGUCUAUCUAACCAUUUAUGUUAUUAAUUUUAAUCUCUCUGUAUUAUUUUAUGAGUUAUUAAACAUCAAAAUGGGUCCGGGACUUUAUAAACACCCUGUAUUACUGUGUUGUGCUUCUGAUUACUGAUAUGCCCAGCAGAUACAGCAUAUUCUGCAUAAACCAAAUCGGGUAUAACCCAAACAUAAUCAAGAAGUGGAGACUAAUUUUGUAAAAAUUAAUUCGGCUUACUCAAACUUAGAAAAUAUUGAAUAUGAAAAUAGAGUAUAUGAAAAUGAACUAAAUAACGAAAGAGAAAAAAUUGAUAGUGAUUUAUAUAAUAUGCGUCUAUAAUGCUUAUAGCUCAAAAUAAAGCCUUUUUUGAUUAUUGGAUAAAUUUUGCUUACCCAAACAUAUGUAUAAUGAAAUAUUUAUAUGUUGUUUCUAAUGCCAAUUGCCAAUAUCUGCAAGCCUGCUUGCUCAAACCAAGCGAAUUUAAAACAGAGGGUGCUUUUUGACAAAAAAUGUGACUGAUCGUUGAUUUCUCUCUUAUUUACUAUUAUAAACCUUAUAUUUUUGCCCAGAGAGAGACUAACUAAUUUCGAAAUUAAAAAUCUCUGAAUCAGAGGAUAUUGGUAUAUUUAUUGAAUGCAACAAAUGGUAUAUAUGUAUCAUGUAAAAAUAUUUAACAGCAAUUUUGAAUUAAAAACUGUUUUUAAAAGUGA